AUGGAUUACCUCAACAUUGAACGAACUUCAAAAAUUUUUAGCAUUUUCACUUUGGCUAUCUUCGAAAACGAUGCCUGCAACACAAGUAGCGUAAACCGAACAGGAAUAUGUUUUUCUGCUAGAGAAUGUGUAUCGCGAGGAGGUCGUGCUGAGGGAACGUGUGCUGGAGGAUAUGGUGUCUGUUGCCUGUUUGAAAUAUCAUGUGACAGUAAUAGCUUAAACAACGGCACCUACUUUCAGAACCCCAACUUUCCUAGCACCUACACCGAAACCAGAACAUGUAUUGCGUCUUUUCGAAAAAUACAUUCUAACGUUUGCCAAUUUCGACUGGACUUUUUGUCUUUCGACAUUGGAAACCCCACAUUUGGUGUGUGUAAUGAAGAUAGAUUGGUUAUCAGUGGUCAAAGCCAAAAUAGCAUUGUUCCUCCUCUGUGUGGGUUUAAUACUGGACAACAUCUUUACUUGGAGGUUUCUGGGACAGAAGGACCAAUUCAACUCAACGUCAUUUCUCAAGGAAGUCGAGCUCGAAGUUUCGACAUCAGGGUGACUCAAAUUAACUGCGACAGUCGAAACCUUGCACCUCCAAAUUGUCUGCAGUACCACACGGGUAUCCAAGGUCAGUUUCAAAGCUUCAACUACGUAUCUGAUGUUAUGAUUACUGACCAAGGCUACUUUAAUAAUCUUGACUACACCAUCUGCUUUAGGAAAGAAGUGGGCUUUUGUACUAUGACGUAUUUCCUUCCUGAAUUUAUGCAAGCACCAAACCAACAACAACAAACUCAAGCAUCUCCUUUCUUUGCCAUUGAAAUGAGUGCUGGUGGUGCUGGUCAACAGUUGACAACUGCUGGGGCGGGAAUGCAGGACUGUCCUACAGAUUACAUAAUCCUGGCCAGUAUUCGUCUCUGCGGAGGACGACUGAACGAUAAACUGGUAAACAAUAUCCCAGCUAAUUCAAAUAAAGAUAUUGUUGGUGAGUAG